UUUCCCAGGUGCCAGACUCUACCUUGUUAAAUUUCAUGCCAUUUCUCCCUGCCCACCCUCCAGGUGCUCUGCAGCUCUGAGUGAUGGACUCCUGAUGGCACCUGCCCACAGCAAUAAAUGAGCAUGCAGCGCUGUUGCUGCAAACGCUUUCAGUGCAGCUCGGCUGCUGCUGGGCAUUCCAAGGGGGACCUGCCCGAGUCUUCUCAGGCUCAACCUCCCAUCCACCAGGAGAUCUCGGGAGAAUAAACCCACCUGUAUUUGCACGAAGCAGGAAUACCUACAUUCUUCUAAAGUAAGAAUAAAAACAACUCUGGUUUUGUAGCUGCUGCCUCGGGCAGCCAACUACCCCAGCCCCCAAUCGCACGGCAGCCGCACGGCACCACGCCGAGCGCAGCAAAAAGCCAGCUCACCUUCUAAGAUGCGGGAGGCGGCACUCAGCAUUUCACCUCCACCGCUAAGUGGCAAGCGGUGCUCCGGGACACGGACGACCGGAAAGGGAGAGGGCAGCCGCGCUGCCCCCCGCCUCCGCCCCCGCCCCGCUCCCGUUUGCCGGGCACGCCGCCGCGCCCGGCGCGCAGCCGCACUGCUUCCGAACAGUUUGUUGCUCACGUCGGAGCAGCUGCUUCCGUUUCCAACGUCGCAUUCUGGCCCCACCUGCCACUGCCGGAGUCCCGGCUCGCUCCGCCGCCCGCUCCCGAAGGCCCCAGCCGAGCCAUGGCUGCCGAGGGUUAUGUGUCUUCAGCUGUUGAUGAUGGUGAAGCAUUGAUUAUUGACCAUGGAGAAAACCACCUGGCCACCCAAAGCUGCAUGUCAGUGGAGCAGAGCUCUGAAGUCAGCAGUGGUGUUCACCAGGUGCCUCAACUUGCCUAUGGAGGAGAGGGCCUGCCAGCGCUGCCGCAGCGAGGCGCCGCUCAGAGCCGCUCCGCAGGCGCGCAGGGGGGCAGCAGCUGCAGCCCCGACAGGAUGGACUUCAGCUUCCCCCGCCAGAAGAGGAGACGCCUUGGCCCUGCCCUGCUGCCUCAGCAUCUGGUGAGAGGCAGGGAAGGAGAAUAUGAAGACAGUGACAAUGUCAUCUACGACUAUGAGCCAGACUAUGAAUGUAGCAGUGUUGUGUCUGAAGGUUCCUACACUGAGAUUUCUGACAUUGGGGAUCAGCAGAAAACUCUUCUGGAGGUCCUUGCUUACUGCCAGGCCAUGUAUGAAGCCAUUCAGAAGCUGGAUAAGAAAUUCGAUGUGCUUCACCGCAAGGUCUCUGAGCUGCAGCAGUCUCGAGUCAGGCCACUGCUGCUCAAACCUAAACCACUUGGAUUUCCACACAGAAGUUCCAGCCAUUUGCCCCAGGGGAAAAUAAGAAUACAGAACCCCAUGGAAAGGAAACCAAGACCUCAGCUCCCUUCAGCAGGCCAAGAAAGGCACAGCUCAGGUCUAAGUCCUGACUUACAGAACGGCUGUGUCCAGGUCACUGCCGCAGUGAAACAGAGUCCCCCAGUGGAGCUGCAGCAGCAGCAGCAGCAGCAGCCUGACCAGAGGCAGAGCCCACCACUUCCCACCAUAGUUUCUACUCGUUCCUUGCACUCCUCCCUCACAGCAGCCAGCAGGAUGCCAGAGCUGCCUGCACCAUCAGAGCUGGUGGAGAGCGUCAUGGCAAGUGCUGCCCACCUCGCCUCUUCGGUGCCAGCGCCCUCUGAGACCACUCCUGGGGACAGCUCCGUGGUGGGUGACUACACAGCUGCACCUGGCUGUGUGGGCACCAGUCAGGGAGCACCACCUGCUGCAGUGCAUGUGGAUCCCAGCCUGGAGUUUGUAGGUCAGCCAGCCAGAAAUGUCAAAGUUCCUGGGAGCUACCUGAUGAAGGCUCGGCAGAAGAGCAAGCCCAAGUACGCCGCUCGCUACCUGGUGCGAGUCCUCUUCCCCAAGGAGACCCUGAUGAGCAGCAUGCUGGAUGGGGGUGCCCGAGGCCAUAGGACACUGGAUCCCAACAAAAUCGCUGCUGUCAGAGAGUUCCUUGCAGGUACCUUUCCAAACUAUGACUUGAGUGUGCAUGGCAGAGACUGGAACACCUGCGUCACGAACAUCAACGCCAUGAUCCGCUGCUUGCGCUCCCAGGCCAGGCCAACCCUGGAGACAGCUGGAGGGAAGGCGAAAGUGUCUGAUGCUGCAGAGACAUCAGCAGAUGGCGAAGGCAGGUCUCAGAGCUCCAGCUUCACAGCUGACUCCUCACAGAACGAAGCAGUGGAGAUGUUUCCAGAAGCUUUCCACAGCACUCCGGCCAAGAAAGCACAGUCUUUGGAACCCAUGGACUUCCUGGGCAGCCCCUGGCGCAAUGUGCAGUUGCCUUUCUCCAUCCUUUACGUGGCCAAGGGGAAGUCGCGGCCGGAGCUGUCUGCUCGCUUCCUGGUCCGCCACAUGUUCACUGAGGAGGUGCUGGUCAAGAGCAACGUCUAUGGGAACCUGGAGCGUGGCAUGAAACCUCUGGACUGCAACAAGAUCAAUGCCCUCAGGGACUUCCUGCAGGAGAACUUCCCCUCCUUUGACCUGCAGGAGACAGGCUACGACUGGAAGGCCUGCGUGGCUGCCAUCAACAGCACCAUCCGCAGCCUCAGGCACGACUACAAGAAGGCUGUGGCUGGCAUCCGCUGGAAGGUCGUGCCCGGAGCACACACCUCUGCCAAGGCCCCUUCCCUGAGUCCUGCCUUGCUCAAGCCCUUCCCAAGUGACACAAUCAACCUCACAGACUGAAGCUCUCUGCCCUGUCUGCCCCCACCUGGGAGCCUGUGACAGGGACUCGGUGUCCAAGAGUGAGUUUCCAGCAGCACCCAAGAGUUUUGCUUCGUCACACCAAAGUUAGCAGAAGACAUAGGAACCCAAACUCCUCCUGUGAGUAGCACCUGUGCUCCUCAGGAAUCACUUUACACUGCCCCCUGUAGCAUUGCUCUGUGCCCUCCCCUACAGGCAUCAGCUUCUCAUCAUUCCUUCACCAGCUUCUCGUCAUUCCUAGACUCGGGAAGAUUCAUCUGGCUAAAGAACAGGCACUGUGCAUCAGCUCAGCAGAAGCAGGUAAAACACGUGGGGGAGAAAGUGUGCUCCUGCUUGGAGGAAGACUCAGAGCAAGCUACAUGACCUCAGUGUGAAGGAGUAAAUCUGCUUUGUCACUUGAGCAGUGUAAGCAAAAAGAGCUCCUUCAGAAGACAGCAAAUAGAAGUAGCUGUAAUGCUGUGUGGUUAACUUGUCCUCUGCCUCACUUUUGGCCUCUUCUAGAAGCCCUUGUUGUAGGAUAAGGAAAUAAUCACAGCAUGUGAGGGGUUGGAAGGCCCACAGAGCAUCCAGCCCAAACCCCCUGCCAGAGCAGCAGCAGCCAGGGCAGGGCACACACAGCACAGCCAGGGGGGUUGCAGUGGCUGCAGAGAAGGAGACUCCACAGCCUCUCUGGGCAGCCUGCUCCAGGCCUCUGCCACCCUCACAGCCAAAAAGCUUCCCCUCCUCUUGCCCUGCCACCUCCUCUGCCCCAGCUUGCCCCCAGUGCCCCUUGUGCUGCCCUGGGCCAGCCCUGAGCAGAGCCUGCCUGCGUCCUGCCCACACUGCCCUGCACAGCUUGGGCACAGCACUGAGGGCAGCCCUCAGGCUGCUCUGCUGCCAGCUGCCAGCCCCAGCUGCCUCAGCCUGGCCCCACAGGGAACAUCACAGCCCUCAGGUUCCUUCUAAGCUGAAGCUGACCAGCUGGAGCUGUUCACAAGCUAAUGCUGGGUGGGUUCUCUGCUAUCUAGGGGAGCUCAGCUGUGUUUUGGGGGGGAUGUUUUCAGCAGAGGAAGUGUUCAGUGUAUUCACAGGGUCAUAGAAAGGUUUGGCUUGGAAGGAACCUUGAAGAUCAUCUAGUUCCAACCCCCCAGGCAUAAGCAGGGCCACCUUCCUCUAGACCACGUUGCUCAAAUCCUCUUCCAACCUGGCCCUGAACACCUCAUGCAGAGGCCUUAGCAAUUACCAAGUUGAGUUUCUCCUGCCCCCUCCUUGCAGAAGUCUUCCACAGGAUCUCAGCAGCAGCCUCCCCUCCCCUGCUGCAUUGCCUUUUCACCCCAAAUGUUGUGUUACAAAUCUGGGGGGCUUCUGCUUUCCUGCUCUCACAUUCUGCUGCUGCUCCUCUGGCCAAUCCCUCUUGCAAAUACCAGGAGCUUUGUUGUGUGGAUUUCACCAGUUCCAAACCUCAGAAGAGGCCCAAAAGUGCUGAUUUUCAUUCUUUCCCCAGUAGUUCUCCCAACCUUUUUCAGUGCCCUUGAGAGGUUGGAGGGGUAGGAUGCUGCAGGCACUGAGGGACCUGCCUGCACUGGACUAUUUCAGCCUCCCCGUUGGAAAGUGAAGAGUUGAGUCCAAGUAGAAAGAGUUUUCUGGGUUCUGCUUCCAAUGUUUGUGAAGUUGUUGCCUAACUUUUGUAGAGAGGGAGAUGCACUAUUUUGUUGUUAGGAAUAAAGUGUUUUACACAUGAACCUCCCCCA